GCGGUAUCCGCACAUUUUACCAGUCCUCUAACAUUUGAGCAGCCUUUCAUCCGAUAAAGUCAUGCAACAUGUCCAACGAGAGAAGUACUGAAAGUUCUGAACCAGUUCAAGACCCCAGACCUGGCGGCAAUGGAGGCGAAGUUGACGGAGGGAUCGAGUCCAACUGGGACACCAUCUAUGAGAGUUUUGAUGAUAUGAAUGUAAAGGAAAACCUCCUGAGAGGAAUUUAUGCUUAUGGUUUUGAGAAGCCCUCUGCAAUUCAGCAGCGUGCUAUUGUUCCAUGCAUCAAAGGACAUGAUGUCAUUGCCCAAGCCCAAUCUGGAACUGGCAAGACAGCCACGUUUUCCAUUGCAAUAUUAGAGCAGUUGGACUGUAAUCUUCCAGAUGAUACUGGAAGAGAGAGAAAGGUGGCCACUCAGGCUUUGGUUCUUGCACCAACAAGGGAGCUUGCUCAACAGAUCCAGAAAAAUGUGCUGGCCCUUGGUGACUACAUGGCUGUGAAGUGUCAUGCUUGCAUUGGUGGAACUAGUGUCCGUGAUGAUAUGUUGAAACUUGAGAAAGGUGUGAAUGUAGUGGUUGGAACUCCCGGACGCGUCUUUGAUUUGAUUGAAAGGAAGAAGCUAGAUGUUAACGAAAUAAAAAUGUUUGUUCUUGAUGAAGCCGAUGAGAUGCUGUCAAGGGGUUUCAAAGACCAAAUCUAUGAAAUCUUCAAGAGGUUGCCACCAAUGGUGCAGGUCAUUCUCCUCUCUGCUACAAUGCCAACAGAUGUUCUUGAAGUAACAACAAAGUUUAUGAGAGAUCCUAUCAAAAUCUUAGUUAAGAAAGAGGAGCUGACCCUAGAGGGUAUUAAGCAAUUCUACAUUGAUGUAAAUAAAGAGGAAUGGAAAUUAGAGACUUUGUGUGAUCUUUACGACACUUUGUCUAUAACCCAAGCUGUAAUCUUCUUGAACACAAGACGAAAAGUGGACUGGCUGACAGAGAAAAUGACGAGCAAAGACUUCACUGUCUCUUCCAUGCAUGGAGAUAUGGACCAGAAAGAACGUGAUCUGAUUAUGAGGGAGUUUAGAACUGGAUCAAGUCGAGUUCUUAUCACCACUGAUUUACUGUCACGUGGUAUUGAUGUACAGCAAGUAUCCUUAGUUAUCAACUAUGAUCUGCCCACAAACAGGGAAAGCUACAUCCACAGGAUUGGACGCAGUGGUCGGUUCGGUCGAAAGGGUGUAGCCAUCAACUUCACCACUGCCGAUGACGCCCGUCUUUUGAGGGACAUUGAGCAAUUCUACAACACAACUAUUGACGAAAUGCCAAUGAAUGUAGCUGAUUUGAUUUAGGCCAGAUGCAGCAAACGCCAGUGUCUUUAAAUUACAAGUAAACAAGAUGGAGAACAACAGACUUAAACAAGAUGACCAUUUGGUUGUCAUAAAAAAAGCUUUAUGCAAUUUAUAAAGGAGCCAUUCUUAUCAUAAAGCAUUUGGAAUCAUA